AAGAUCACAUAUUAUUAAUGUUAGAUCUCAUAAAGUAAUACCAAAUGUAUUUUCACAAGUAAAAAGAAAGAUGAAGAAACAAGCUCCAAGGCUUUGGGUUGUCAUCUUAGUUGCGUUUGUGUUCUGUCUUUUCGUUCUGUUUCAAAUCAAGAAAAUAGAUUUGAUCGAAACAAACCUCCGAAUCACUCAUCAAGUAAACAACUUCUUCAUCUCCAUCGGUGCUUCAGAUAAUCAAACUCUCACAAGAAACGCGGAUGAGCGUGAUGGAAUCAGAGCGAAACAGCCUAAGGAAGAAGAAGAAAAAACAGAUACUUGCGCCGGAAGGUACAUCUACAUGCACAAUCUUCCAAGCAAAUUCAACGACGACAUAAUCAAAGACUGUCGUCCACUCAUCAAGUGGUUCGAUAUGUGUCCGUUCAUGGUCAAUUCCGGGCUCGGUCCACAGGUUUCGGAGUCCGAUAACACCACAGCACAAGUCUUAACCGUGAAAACCGGUUCUUGGUACUCAACGAACCAAUUCUUGCUCGCGGUUAUCUUCCGAGAGAGGAUGAAACACUACGAGUGUUUGACCAACGACUCGUCUCUAGCCUCAGCGGUCUACGUCCCCUUCUACGCAGGGUUCGACGUGAGCCGUCAUCUCUGGGGGUACAACAUAAGCGUGAGAGACGAAUUAGGGAUAAAGCUGGCUCGAUGGCUGGGAGAGAAACCCGAAUGGGGAAAGAUGUACGGUCGAGAUCACUUCUUUGUAACCGGACGGAUAGCUUGGGAUUUCAGGAGGGGUCGCGAUGAAGAUUCAGAUUGGGGAAACAAUCUAAUGCUGUUACCAGAAUUCGCAAACAUGACAAUGUUAGGUAUAGAAACAACUGCUUGGGCUAACGAGUUUGCGAUUCCUUAUCCGACUUAUUUCCAUCCAAAGAGCUUAACCGAGAUUUGGAGAUGGCAGAGGAAAGUGAAGAGUCUGAGGAGGAAAUAUUUGUUUUCUUUUGUUGGAGGUCCAAGGCCUAAUUUGGAUGGAUCUAUAAGGGGAGAGAUUAUAAAGCAGUGCCUUGCAUCUCAAGGUAAAUGCAAUUUUCUUAACUGUCAAGUUAAUGACUGCGAUAAUCCGGUUAAGAUAAUGAAGGUGUUUAAAAAUUCGGUUUUCUGUUUACAACCUUCGGGAGAUUCGUAUACUCGGAGAUCGAUUUUUGAUUCGAUUUUGGCUGGUUGUAUACCGGUUUUCUUUACCCCUGGUUCGGGUUAUAACCAAUAUAUUUGGUAUUUCCCUAAGGAAUAUACCAAGUACUCGGUAUACAUACCGGAGAAAGAAAUGAAAAAUGGAACGGUUAGUCUCAAGUCUGUCUUGGGUAUGAUUGAUAAGGAGCACAUUAAGAGAAUGAGGAACGAGGUUGCGAAGAUUAUACCGAAGAUAAUAUACACUAAACCGGGAUGGGUUGGACCGGAUAAGAUCGAAGAUGCUUUUGACAUUGCAGUGGUUAGGAUUCUUGAUAGGGUAGCAAUGGUUAAGAGGAUGAUGGAAGAAGGGAAAGAUCUUCAGAAUGAGUAUUCACAGGUAAAGGAUUUGAGCAGACUCGAGGUUAUAUGAAAAAAAAUUGGUUAAGAUAUUAAAAACUGCUUAAGACAAUAUAGUUUAUGAAUGCACCGUCAAGACUUAUAGCAUGUUGAAUAACAUUUCGGAUGCAUUUUGUGAUUGUAAGUACAUUUCAUCAAGCUUUUUUUUU